AUGGCUUCUGAUAGUUGUUUUAUACUGGUCCCUAAAAUAAGAUUACAGUCGGAACCAGCUGAAUCGCAAGAGGAAGCACAUUCCAUAGAUGAGGUGCCAGCACUGAAAAUCGUAUCUCUGGUUGCCAGCUGCCUCACCCCUGCAGCUGUGGGCACAGAGAGCUGGGCAGGUGCAGAGUAUUUUAACUGGCAGACUGGACAUAUUGUUGCCAGGUUUCAUCAUACAACAGCGCAAACACACAGCUGCGGUAAAAUCGUUAGUGAUGAAAAAUAUAAGGACCCUUUUAAACUCGGAAGGAAAGACUUGAAAAAUCUCUAUGAAGAUAUUAAAAAGGAAUUAUGGGUGUCUACUACAGAACUGAAGGAAAUGUGUGAAUAUUACUUUGAUGGGAAGGGGAAGGCCUUUCGACCCGUGAUUGUGGUCCUAAUGGCCCGGGCGUGCAAUUUUCAUCAUAACAACACUGAGGAAGUGCAGGCAAGGCAGCGCUCCAUAGCUGUCAUUGCAGAGAUGAUCCACACAGCUACUCUAGUUCAUGAUGACGUCAUUGAUGAUUCAAACUCACGAAGAGGAAAACUGACUGUUAAUCAGAUAUGGGGGGAAAGAAAGGCGGUCCUUGCAGGCGAUUUCAUCCUUUCCGCAGCAUCUCUAGCUUUAGCACGUGUUGGAGACACUACCAUUGUUUCUGUGCUAACGCAGGUGAUUGAGGAUCUGGUGCGUGGUGAAUUUCUUCAGCUGGGUUCCAAAGAAAAUGAAACAGAGAGAUUUGCUCACUACCUUGAAAAGACGUUCAAGAAGACUGCAAGUCUUAUAGCAAACAGUUGUAAAGCAGUUUCCAUUCUGGGCUGCCCUGAUCCAAAAAUUCAUGAGAUCGCAUACCAAUAUGGAAAAAAUGUCGGCAUAGCAUUUCAGUUAAUAGACGAUGUGCUAGAUUUUUCAGCAUGCUCCAGGCAGUUAGGAAAGCCAACAUCAGCAGACCUUAAGCUUGGAAUCGCCACUGGUCCUGUCUUAUUUGCUUGUCAGCGGUUUCCAGAAAUCAAUGCCAUGAUAAUGAGGCGAUUUAGUUUGCCCGGAGAUGUUGAACGUGCACACGAGUGUGUGUUCCAGAGCGAUGGCCUACAGCAGACUACCUACCUCGCCCAGCGCUACUGCCACAAGGCAAUACAAGAGAUCAGCAAACUUCGACCCUCCCCAGAAAGAGAUGCCCUCAUACAGCUGGCAGAAAUGGUCCUUUUGCGAGACAAAUGACUCACCUCCUCCCACUCUUCCUGGCAGCUAUUUACCAGACUGUGCCUGAAACUACACUUCAAAACAUCUUAGUUCGCUUCCAA